UUAGUGGGGAGAUUCCCGGGUGACUCUGUCAUUCGCUAGUAAGACGCCGGCGACAUGACAGCACAGCCACGCAGCGGGUCGUCCCACGUCCGCGGCCGCCAGCACGCCGGGGCACGGCCCAGGCGGCGCGGGCGCGGGGGCCACGCUCGCGCAGGCCUCGGCGCCGGGAGGCCCGGGCAGCGCCGCGGCCAGAAGGCGGCGCACCGGGGUGCCGCCCGCCAGGGCCAGUUACUGCGGCCGGUGUGGGCCACCGCGGCACGAGCCGCGAGUACCACGGCCCGCACGGACACCCUUCGGGGCGGGGCCUGGGUCCCGCCAGGAACGCCGAGAGGCACGCGGCCCCCGGCUCCCCGGACGGGCGCGGCCGGCGUCUUUCGGAGCCUGCGGGGCAACGGCAGGCGGGCCAGGGCUCGGGCCGCGACGGGGCCCCCCGACGGCCCGGCCCCAGGGCGCGCGGGGACGACACGCGUCUCUGAGAGUCACGGCGUGGGCCCACAAGCCGGGCGCGCAGCUAAGUCCGCGCUCGAGAAAGGCAACGAGCGGCUUCCGUCAGCCGGCCGCGGGGCGGAGACACCGCCGCGGCGCCCGCGACUGCCGGCCAGGAAGCGAGCCCCGCGCCGAGGGCUCCGCCGCAAGCCCUCCCUGUGGCCCACCCACCCCGGGGCCCCACGCCGCCAGAGGCCAAUCGGCCGCCAGAUGAGGGCACGUGCCUGGAAGGCAGCGCGUGAUUGGCGAGGCUCGGGCACGGCAGCGGCGCGCGGGGACCGUCGGGCCGGAGGGGCGGCGGCCAGCGGACGGAAGGGGUGGGGCCCGCGGAUGGGCGGGCCCUGCGCGCGCGGGCGUGCGCGUGCGCGCGCGCGCGGGCUGGCCUCGGGGCGGAGCCACACGCGUGGGGGCCGGCCCCGCUGUCGUCACCCGCCUCACGAUGGUCACCACCACCACCAGCACCGCGACCCUGUCGGAGCCGCGGCGGGCACUUCCGGGGGCCCUCGGGUGUCCGUUGGGUCUGUCAGCACGCACUGCCCCGAGCGCGUCGCGGCAGGCAGGAAGAGCACAUUUCAACCCUUUGGGAAAGAAGUGAGCCUCGUAGAUCAGUCGAUGUGUCCCGUCCCCAGCACUGUUCAUCGAGAGCCCAUCUGCUGUGAGUGCCAGGCCAAAUUCGGGGGCUGCCUGCCGGUGCCCAGGGUCAAGGCGGCGUUGCCUUACUGGGUUCCUUUGUCCUUGAGACCCCGAAAGCAGAUCCAAAAGAUGGUCCGGUUUCAUAUCCCCAAAACCUCCGAGGCAUGCCCCUGCCCAUGCCACCGCUUUGGGGGCCGCCUCCCGAUGCCUAGGGAUCAGGCCGUGAUGCCCUACUGGGUGCCCCAGGUCCUGAGGCCUCACAAGAAGGUGGUGAAAAAGCAGCAGAGUUGUAAAGGCAUCCAAGAACCCGCCCUGGACUUGCGCUCCUGGUACAACCGCUGGCGGAUCUGCUGUGACGGGCGCCUCCUCCUCAAGUGGCAGCAGCUCCAGGCCCUUCACCAGCAUGAGCCACUGGCCCCAGGGAGGGGAGUGAGCCCCCCGGCCCCCCUCCUGCCCUUCAGCCUCCUGACCCUCCUGCAGGCGGUCCUGAGGGUCGUGGUGGCCAUUCGAUUUUAUUUAUUUGUCAGAGAGACCACAAGCAAGAGGGAGCAGCAGGCAGAGGGAGAGGGAGAAGCAGACUCCCCACUGAGCAGGGAGCCCGAUGCGGGGCUCGAUCCCAGAACCCUGGGAUCAUGACCUGAGCUGAAGGCAGUCACUCAACCGACUGAACCACCCAGGUGCCCCUACCUAUGUUUUCUCAUAAGAGAUUUAUAGUUUACCUCAUACAUUUGGGGCUUUGAUCUAUUUUGAGUGAGUUUUGUAACUUUUAUAUAUGGUGUGAGGUACAUGCAUUUGAUGGUCUUUUGCAUGUGGAUAUCCAGUUGUUCCACAUAGCAUUCUUGAAAUGAUCAAAUUAUAGAAAUGGAGAACAGACUUGUGGCUGCCAGGGGCUUGGGGGUGUGUGGGGGGUGGGAAGGAAGUAGGUAUCAUCAUCCAAGGACAACAUGAGGCAUUCUGUGGUGAUGGAAACAUCCUAUAUCUUGACUUUAUUGAUGUUCUGGUUGUGAGAUUAUGCUACAGUUUUGCAAGAUGUUACCAAUUGGGGCAAACUGGAUGAGGAUAACGGGAUUUCUCUGUAUUAUUUCUUGUAAGUCAUUGUGAAUCCACGAUGAUCUCAAAAUAAAAGUUUAAUUAAAGUAGCACAGUUCGCUUUGGAAGAUUUUGAGAAUACAGAAGAGUACAGAGGAGAAAGUAGAAACCACUGAACCUUCCCCCACCCCCACCCCCGACCCCGACCCCGACCCCGAGUUGACCUCUGUUGCUACCCUGGCAGGAAGGAAUGGACGGAUUCCCACAGGAACCAGACUUGGGGGUAGGGAAUGUGUGAACUGGGGUGGCCACCUUAGAGACGGGAAGAAGACAGAGGUGGAGAUCUAGGCUUUGGAGGGCUGAGGAUGACGAGGCUGCCAUUGGGCCAGGGGCUGGCCCCGUGGGGCAUUUGAGUGGGUGGUCCUGGAGGGCCUCCAGGCUUCCCUUGGGGGCAUAGUGGUGUUCUCCUAGGGCCCAUCUCCACUGGCCUAAGGGUGACACUGAGCAUUGUUCAUUCACUCAGCAAAUAUUUAUCGGUGCGUACUGUGUGUCAGGCAUUGGCAGGGGUGAGCGUAAGACGUGCGCCUAGGCUGAUGGGAUACUGUAAUAUGGGGACAGUUGCGUAGUGAGUGAAGCACACGUGAGCGUGGGGCUGGGAGGGCAGGGGGUGCUCUUGACAUCCUGUUCACAGUCAUUCCCAUGUUGCCCCACGGACCCGCAGUUCCUGACUGGUGUUCUCUGGCUGGGGGAGCCAGUGCAGGCACAGACUGCAUGUGCUAGGGAGUGACGUCCCCGGGGGGAAGCCCUCAGCCAGUUGUGGCUGGGAGCUGUGGUUAAACAGCCAGCCUCCUCCCUGGAUGGGACAGCUCUGAGCUGUGUUCUGUACUGUCUCCUGGAGCUCCUUAGCAGGACUGAACCCCACUGUCCUCUGUGCUCACCUUGGUGAUGCCCCUUGUCCUGGCUGCUCACCUUCCCAGGCUCACUUCCCCAUUCCUUCACAGGCCUCCCUGGAUCACCUCUCAAUAAAGCACUUGCAGUUAAUCCUGGCCUCAGGCUCUGCUUUUCCCGGGGAAACUAAUAUAAGACAAGGCCUGUGGACCUGUCUUGAGGUCAGGGUAGGUUCCUGGGGGAAGGCGAGUCCUGUUGUCCUGGUGACGAAGGCUGACGACAGCGUGCAGCCGAGGUGCGCAAUGUGAGGGCCUGCCCAGGACAGUCCGGAGCAUUCUGUCUACAUAGGAAGCUUAUGCCUAGGAGGGGCAAUGACAGGAGGUGGAGUAGGGACCAGACUGCGGGAGGCCUUGGUGGUUUUUUAAAGAUCACAGCGCGUCACACUGUGUUUGGGAAAAGCACCGUGGCUGAAGCAAGUUGAAUGGAGGCCUGCCUGGAGGCUGCAGCAGAGACGCUGGGAUGGUGGCAGCGCUUUUGCUCCAGGUGGAGGGUAUGUGACCGCUUUGUUCCGAAAUCCCCAGACACAUUCCCGGGAUGACACGCUCCUCUGCGGUGGGCUGGCCCAGCCCCGGCACUCCCGCCUGUGUGUGUGUUGUCCUGAAGCUUGACAGGAGGAGCCACGAGAGGGCACUAAGAGCCUCUUGUCUGCAAACCGCUUAGAGAGGCUGGAGGAGCUAGGGAGGUCAGGAGGGGUGGGCCCAGCCUUGUGGGGCCCUCCCUUGACCUGCAGCCUCCCUCCCCUCCCGAUUGCUUUCUCCAGGAAAGGCUCUGAAAUCUGCGACCUUCCAGGCGGAAUGUGUUCCAAGGAGUUUAAGGAGUUUUGAGAAGGAUGCUCCUAUGGUCCUUGGCGCCUCACACUCAGUCAGGGAGCCUGGAGAAACUGCUCCCUCUGCCUCCCCCUCUCCCCUAGCCCCCUCUCUGCUGCCUCCCCCUCCCCGCUGCCUCCCCGUCUCUCCAGUACCCCUCUGCUGCCUGCCCCCUCCCUAAUGCCUCCCUCCUUCGCCCUCACUCCCAGCCCCCUACCUGUUGCCUCCCCCUCUCUUCUAGUCGCCCCUCUGCUGCCUCCCCCCUCCCUAAUGCCUCCCUCCUUUGCCCUCACUCCCAGCCCCCUCCCCGCUGCCUCCCCCUCUCUUCUAGUCCCCCUUCUGCUGCCUGCCCCCUCCCUAAUGCCCCCCGCCAGUCCCCUCCCCGCUGCCUCCCCCCUUUCUCCCGGCCCCCUCCCACCCCUCCCUCCAGCCCCCCUACUAGUCCCUCACCUCCCUACCACCCAGCUCGUUCUCUCUCCUCCUCUUCUCUUCCAUCUGUGUCUCGUACCACUCACUGAGCAGUUACCAUGCAGCCGAGCCCUGGCUAGUAGAACUUUCUGCAGUGAUAGCACGUUCUAGAUCUGCCCUGUUCAGUGCAGCGGCCCACAAGCCACAUGUGGCUAUUGAACACUUGAGGUAUGGUCACUGCAACUGAACUGUAGUUGAAUUUAAUUCACUUUAAAUAGCCAUGUGGGCCUAGCAGCUAGCAAUGUGGCCAGCAAAGAUGUGGCCCUUUGACCUGUCCUAAGGCUUCAUGGCCUUCUAGAAUGUUACUGAGCCUGGUUACAGCGUUUACUGUAGAUAUGCGGGUCUGCUUCUCACCUUCCUAAAUCUUGUUACUGCUCUGAGGGUAAGGGCAGCAGGCUCCCCGAGCCCCAUUUCCACCUCAGGUGCUUGGUAUCUCCCAGGCAUGCUGAAGGCUCGUGAUGGGCUGCCGGGUGGAGCGAGCACUCACCCCUGGCACAGGUGUACAGACCCAGACCCUGGGAGAGAGGUGAGCUGCUGCCCUGCCCAGGCCUCACGGAGCCAGGCCAGCUCCCAGGGACCUCCGUGGCCCGGAGGCUGUUCCAGACGGGAAUGGUGUCUCUGGUUUUUUGGGGAGAAGCCUGUCUGCUGUCUACCUGGAGACCAAGGACACCAAGCAGUCAGAGAAUCCGUCCUUUGAAAAAAAUCAUGCUGGGGAAUGUGGCCAAGCCACUGCCAUGAAUGAAAGCUGCCACAUCCAAGUGACAAUGAAACUGCAGAGCACCUCAGCGUUUAUCCAGAGGGACAUCUCCACCACCCCAUCCCCCCCCAGGCUCUGGCCUGCGUCCUCAUCCCUGUCCCAGACCUCGGUCCCAGCCUGGUGAUGGACGGUGGGGGAUGACAUGCCUUCCAGUACUGUAGGGGUGCGUGUAGAGUGGGGGGAGCCAGGGGACAAUGGGACGUGCCUAGGGCAAGGUCUCAGGAGGCAGGGACACUGAAAUGGAGAACAGAAGGAUGCAGCAAGCAGGGCAGAAUGAGCAGAAGGAAAAACAAUUCCUGGGAAAAUGUCUUGCUCUUUAGAAUGCAAAUGAAGUCCCCAAACUAUUGAUGAACAUUGGAUUUCUAAGAUGUGAAAGGAUCCCACAAGAGAAUCGCAACCUGAGGGAAAUCCCCUAAAUUCCCUUUCCAGAAAGGUCCUUUACAGCCAACUGAGAGCUGUUCCUUUGCUGUAAACCUGUUUCUCCUGGCUUCCAGAACAAUGGUCAGCAUCUUCCUGCUGGAAGCGCUUGCUGCGGUUGAUGAGUUUCUCCUAGCCCUGGAUGGAGCAGAACCUACGGGUUGUUUCGGGGGUGGGAUGACUGCUUUCCCAUCCAGUGAGUACGUGGCUGGUUCCGCAUGAGGAUGGUGGCCCCAGCUGUCAGCUUGCCCCCAGUGGACGGCCGCAUGGAGCAGCCGGGAGCUCUGGGCCGAGCAGCUAGCCAGGCGAUCCCAGAGGGUGAUGGUGCCGUAGCGCUCCCCAGCCGGGAACGGCAGCGUUCUGAAGGGAGCCGUUGUCCUGGUUCUCUCUUCAGCUGCAGAGUCCCCUCGACAGGUGGCCAUGGCGGGGGGUAGUGUUCGGGCUUUGGAAAACACCGACUGGAGAACUCACAUCCAGACUGUGGAGGGUUCCUUUACAGGGCGAGUGUUUCUGGUUGAGGGUGGUUGUGUUUUUUCCCCAAAGAACUCAGCAACAUAUCUACUUCCUUAUUCAUUUCUUACUCAGUAGCCGUCUCCCCUUCAAGUGUCCGAGAGAAGGACUUGGACAUCUUUGGGGGCCAGUGUUCUACUGACUGCAGCUCCCUUGAAGUCUUUUUUUUAUUUAAGAUUUUAUUCAUUUAUUUGACAGAGAGAGACACAGCGAGAGAGGGAACACAAGCAGGGGGAGUGGGAGAGGGAGAAGCAAGCUUCCCCGCUGAGCAGGGAGCACGACAUGGGGCUUGAUCCCAGGACCCUGGUAUCAUGACCUGAGCCGAAGGCAGAUGCUUAACGACUGAGCCACCCAGGUGCCCCCCCCGAAGCCUUGAAUAGCAUAUUAGUGUGUGUGGAUCCGGAAGGUUCUUACACUCCAAGGCAGGCUCUCAUCUGUGGCUGUACCUCUGAUGCGGGAGGCUAGGGGUGCAGACUUCUGCGCGGCCAUGCCCCUCUGCUUUACGCUCGGCUCUGGGACUGCAGAGACGUGAGUGUGACUGCUGGGGACGACUUGCCGUGUCAUCAGCCUAUUUUACAGAUGGGGCAGCUGAGCCUCGGAGAGGCUGGUAAGAGGCAGAGCCACGAUUCAGUAACUGAGCUGCACCACCCCCCAUUUGUGUCAGAUGUGCAACAACCUGCUGGGUGAGAUCCGACUCACGUGCGAAAUGUCUAGCUCAGAGAGGUGUAGUAACUUGUUCUGGGCCCCACAGCUGUAAGUGGCAGAGCUGGGAUUCAAAACUGCGUUUUCUGACCCCGGUUCCCCUAACAUGGCCACGUGGGUCCUAGUUCCUGGAAGUCCCUAUGUGUGAACUUUGCUGCUAGUAUUAACUUGUUUCCCACAGCCUGGCCAUCUAAGGGCACUGUGCUGGGCUCUUGCUGGACAGCUGUGAGGGAUCUCCACCCGUACAGCCCUGGCCUGGGGCGUGUCUCCACUGCAGGACUCAGGGCGUGCUGCAGGCACCUGAUAAUGCUUGCUGGGAUCAUCCCUCUCUACCAGCUGGACCAGGUUUACCAAGUCAGCACCUUGUAUGCCUGGUGCUUAACACAGAGCUUGGCACACCCGAGGUACCCCGUAGCUGUCGUGUUGGAUGAAUGAGUAAGUUCAUGAAUUACAGAGCUCCAGCGAUGCACCAGGACACAUCACACUCUUGUCUGGAAAUGACCUGCUGAUGGGGCCAGGUGCCCAAGAGCCGGGUGCUUGUGUGGCCUUGGGAGGUCAGCUUGCAUCUGAAGGACUGGGGACGGGUCUUAUGGGGGCCUGGUGUCCUGCCUGCCCACAUAACCCCACCCUGCACCUGCUCCAGCCUCCUGUCUGGCUUCCUGGGACCUAUGGGCCCACCUGGGAUUGCCUGGGAGAAGGUGAGAGCCCUAGUGGCUCUGCCAGGCUGCUGUGGCUGGGUGGAGCCCCCGCUGUCUGCCCAGCCCAGCCCUGCCCUAGUCCUGGGUGGGCUCCCUGCCCAGCUCCACCCUCAGGGAGCUCUCUGGUUACCCCGGUGCUGAGACCUAGGGGCUGGCAGGGGCUGUGGGGACACCUAGUCCAGCCACCUCAUUCAUAGGUAGGGAUGCUGAGACCCAGAGAGGGUAGUGCCAUGUCCAAAGCCACGCCACAAGCUGGUGGCAGACGCAGGACUUGAACUUAGCUCUCUCGCAUCCCAUUCAGGUCACCUCCCUCUCAAGAAUCUCCCCGCUUCCAGGUGUCUCCAAUUCACUUCUCCUCUAGGGGAGCUCCCUGGGGGACAUAGUGCCCCAGAUCCACUGGGUUUUGUUUCACGUGGGGUCGGUCCUGUGGCUGGGGCCCUGCGGCCACACGGAAGCCACGUGGGCCCUUGAGGAGAGAGCUUGGCCGUCAGUGAGGCGUGUCGGCCACGGCUGGGGCUCAGGGUCCUCCUGGGUUUUCCUGCUGUCCUGGCAGCUCUCGCUUGGUGCACAGUGGGUGCUCCAUAAGCCCUUGUUGAUUUGGGGGAGCCACUGUUUUUUCUGCCGGAUGCCCCACUGGGGGGUCUGGGGCCACAGGAGUGAUGGGGAACUGCCUGCUUUCACUUUGGCCAUUUCCAAGAGAGCAGCCCUGUUGGAGGGCACCGUUUUUAUGUUAAAACAACAAACCUCAGGGUUGAUCCAUGAGCAGUGGAAGGUGGUGGCAUUCUGGAGGAGGCGAAGGCUGGCGUUCCAGAGUUUGGGGAAUUUUGUUGUCUCAGCACCAGCCGAGCAAGUGUAUCCUUUCCAGACAUCCCACAUUUGAAGGGGGGAAAUUCCAGAAUUUGCAGCACACACGCUCCCUGUUCCCAGGUAGGGAGCAGGGGGUGGGCCGGUAGCCAGAGGCCUCCUCUGAGCUGCCUGGGUUUGCCCCUCACUGGCCGACAGCGUGGGCUUUGUGGGGGGUCCAGGUAUCUGAGCUCCAGGGUGCCUUGCCAGGUUGGGCAGGUUGUCUCUAGGGUGCAAAUCCUAUCCUCUGACCUGCGUGUGCUUCACUGGCUGACCCCUCCUCCCACUCCCAGCAAGCAUGCUCCCUCCCUCCUCUCUCUCCCUCCCACCCUUCCCUCUCUCCUUCCCUUCCUCCCUUCCUCUCUCCUUUCUUCCUUCGAGAAACCAUUUUAUGUAUAAAAACAGGCAUAGGAGUCUGAAAAUGUAUCAGAAGUGAGGAUUUUUUAAACAUAAACACAGUGCCUCAUUGCUGUUUUUUGUUGUGUUUCCUGAUCUAGAGGCCUAACGGAUUGAGGUAUAUUAUUUUUUGCAAGAUUGCUUCUGAGGCCAGGCUGUGUGCUCCCUGUGGCAUCGUGUCAGGAGACUCCUGGUGCUCGUGGUCCCACUCGUCACAUGCUACGACUGGUCGGCCAGGAAGCCCAGAGGGGCCAGCCUGAUGCAGCAAAGCCCCACCUGGGAGCUUUAGCAUCCCUUGACAAUCAAGGACUAGAUCUGUUAUUUCAUCAGGGGAGGAGUUUGCUAUAUAUGGGUUUAGAAAUUAUUAACUUACAUACACUUUUGUCCCUGGGACCUCAGUUAAUGCUUACAAUUCUCACAUUUAAUUAUUGAAAGCUAAGAUUAUUGUUAUCCUCUUUUUUGCAGAAAAGGAAACCACUCCCCAGAGAGGUUCUGUUGUGACUGCACAGGGCCACACAUGGCCACAUGGGUCAGAAGUGGCCCCAUGGGACCACCUGGGACCAGGAUCUGCUCCAGGGCCUUGUUUUGUCUCAUUUCAUUUCUUUCUUUUUUUAAACAACUUUUUUUUAAAUUAAUUUUUUAUUAAAUUUGUUUUUUGGA